AUGUUGGAUCCAUCAUCCAGCGAGGAGGAAUCGGACGGGAUAGUGGAAGAGGAGAGCAAGGAGGUGAUGGCACCCCAGUCUGGGUCCUCUCGUAUCUCUCCAAGCAGAACCAGCGAGAGCUCUGGCGGGCUUCAGCCCAGCAGCCGCGGCAGCAGCGCCCGGCCGUCCAGCCCCAGCCCGUCGGCUGUCAGCGAGGAGAAAGAGGACCUGGAAAAAUUGCAGCGGGAGGAAGAAGAGCGUAAAAAGAAGCUGCAACUGUAUGUUUUCGUAAUGCGAUGCAUCGCCUACCCCUUCAACGCCAAACAGCCAACCGACAUGGCCAGGCGACAGCUUAAGAUAUCCAAGCAGCAGCUGCAGACGGUGAAGGAUCGUUUUGAGUCUUUUCUGAAGGGAGACACUCAGAUUGUGGCUGACGAGGCUUUCAUCAACGCAGUGCAGAGCUACUAUGAGGUUUUUCUGAAGAGCGACCGUGUGGCCAAGAUGGUUCAGACCGGGGGCUUCUCUGCCAUCGACUGUCGGGAAGUCUUCAAGAGACACAUCGAGAAGCGCGUCCGCAGCCUGCCGGAGAUCGACGGCCUAAGCAAGGAGACGGUGCUGAGCUCCUGGAUGGCCAAGUUCGACACCAUCUACCGAGGCGACGAGGAUCCCCGCAAACAACAGCAGCGCAUGACGGCCAGCGCGGCCUCAGAGCUCAUCCUCAGCAAAGACCAGCUUUACGAGAUGUUCCAACAGAUCCUGGGCAUUAAGAAGUUUGAGCACCAGCUCCUCUAUCAGGCCUGUCAGUUGGACAAUUUGGAUGAACAGGCUGCGCAGAUCAGGCGGGAGCUGGACGGGCGACUGCAGAUGGCAGAUCAGAUUGCCAGGGCCGGAAAGUUCCCCAAGUUUGUGUCGAAGGAGAUGGAGGCCAUGUACAUUGAGGAGCUGAAGUCGUCGGUGAACCAGCUGAUGGCGAACCUGGAGAGCAUGCCCGUGUCUAAAGGCGGGGAGUUCAAACUGCAGAAACUCAAGAGGGGCCACAACACCUCCAUCAUCGACAUGGGCCAAGAGGACGAGAACCAGCUGUCCAAGUCCGACGUGGUCCUCUCCUUCACUCUGGAGGUGGUGAUUAUGGAAGUACAGGGACUGAAGUCUCUGGCUCCCAAUCGCAUUGUCUACUGCACCAUGGAGGUGGAGGGAGGAGAGAAACUCCAGACAGACCAGGCUGAAGCCUCCAAACCCACCUGGGGGACUCAGGGAGAUUUCACCACGACACACCCUCUCCCUGCGGUCAAGGUCAAACUGUUUACUGAGAGCACUGGAGUUCUGGCACUGGAGGACAAAGAGCUGGGCCGGGUUGUUCUCCAUCCAACCCCAAAUAGUCCGAAACAGUCCGAGCUGCAUAAGAUGACAGUGACUAAAGCGUGUCCCGACCAAGACCUGAAAAUCAAACUGGCCGUCCGCAUGGAUAAACCUCAAAACAUGAAGCAUUGUGGGUAUUUGUGGGCUUUUGGGAAGAAUGUAUGGAAGCGCUGGAAGAAACGGUUCUUUGUCCUGGUGCAGGUGAGUCAGUACACCUUUGCCAUGUGCAGCUACCGUGAGAAGAAAUCAGAACCUCAGGAGCUGCUCCAACUGGAUGGUUACACUGUAGAUUAUACUGACCCACAGCCAGGUCUGGAUGGAGGCAGGGCGUUCUUCAAUGCUGUCAAGGAAGGUGACACUGUGAUCUUCGCCAGCGAUGACGAGCAGGACCGCAUCCUAUGGGUACAGGCCAUGUACCGAGCCACUGGCCAAUCACAUAAGCCUGUCCCGCCCACCCAAGUCCAAAAACUCAACUCCAAGGGCGGAGCUUCGGCGCAAAUGGACGCACCCAUCUCUCAGUUCUAUGCAGACAGAGCGCAGAAACACGGCAUGGAUGAAUUCAUCUCGGCUAACCCCUGUAAUUUUGACCACGCCUCGCUCUUCGAGAUGGUACAGAGGCUUACGUUGGACCACAGGCUCAAUGACAACUUCGCCUCUCUGGGAUGGUUUAGCCCCGGUCAGGUGUUUGUGCUGGAUGAAUACUGCGCCAGGAACGGAGUCCGGGGUUGUCACAGACACCUGUGUUACCUGAAAGACUUGCUGGAAAGAGCUGACACUGGAGCAAUGAUUGACCCCACGCUCCUGCACUACAGCUUCGCCUUCUGCGCCUCUCACGUCCACGGCAACAGGCCAGAUGGUCUUGGGACUGUAAAGGUGGAAGAAAAAGAACGUUUCGAAGAAAUCAAAGAACGAUUACGUGUGCUGCUGGAAAAUCAGAUCACAAACUUUAGGUACUGUUUUCCAUUCGGUCGCCCCGAGGGAGCUCUGAAAGCCACUCUGUCUCUGCUAGAGAGGGUGCUAAUGAAGGACAUCGUGACCCCAGUUCCACAGGAGGAGGUUAAGACUGUCAUUCGCAAAUGUCUGGAACAGGCAGCUCAAAUCAACUACCAGCGCAUUACUGAUUAUGCAAAAUUGGAAGGGAAAAAGAGGGAACAGUAUGAGCACCCUGUCUACUGCUUGGCAUCACAAGUCAUGGAUUUAACCAUUCAAAAUGUAGGCAACCUAGCAACACCUGCAAAGAAACUGGAGGAUACCAUUCGCAUGGCAGAGCUAGUCAUAGAGGUUCUCCAACAGAAUGAGGAUCACCAUGCUGAGGGAAAAGAGGCCUUUGCCUGGUGGUCUGACCUCAUGGUGGAGCAUGCUGAGCACUUCCUGUCACUGUAUGCUGUAGACAUGGACGCUGCUUUGGAAAUCCAAUCCCCUGAGAGCUGGGACAGCUUCCCUCUUUUCCAGCUCCUGAACGACUUCCUCCGGACAGACUAUCACCUGUGUAAUGGAAAGUUUCACAAGCACCUGCAGGACCUGUACGCUCCUCUGGUUGUGCGCUACGUUGAUCUGAUGGAGUCCUCCAUCGCUCAGUCUAUUCAUAGGGGCUUUGAGCGGGAGUCUUGGGAACCUGUAAAGAGUUUAACAAGUAAUCUGCCCAAUGUGAAUCUACCAAAUGUGAACCUCCAAAUUCCCAAAGUACCAAAUCUUCCCGUGCCAGUUGCAGGACUAGCAGUUAACCUCCCACAAAUGCCUAGCUUUUCCACUCCAUCCUGGAUGGCUGCUAUUUAUGACUCUGAUAAUGGCUCGGGGACGUCAGAGGACCUGUUCUGGAAGCUGGAUGCUCUGCAAACCUUCAUCAGGGACCUGCACUGGCCAGAGGAGGAAUUCGCCAAGCACUUGGACAACCGCAUGAAACUCAUGUCCAGCGACAUGAUCGAGAACUGUGUCAAACGCACUAGAGGGGCAUUUGAAUCGAAACUGGCCAAGAGCAGCCGUUCCACAGACUUCCGAAUCCCGCAGUCCAUUUGCACCAUGUUCAACGUGAUGGUGGAUGCCAAGGACCAAUCAGCUAAGCUCUGCGCCAUGGAGCUGGGACAGGAAAAACAGUACCACUCCAAAAUCGAUGAUCUCAUUGAGGAAAGUGUGAAGGAGAUGAUCUCCCUUUUGGUGGCUAAGUUUGUGGCCAUUCUGGAAAGCGUCUUGGCCAAGAUCUCCAGAUAUGAUGAGGGCACACUCUUUUCCUCUUUCCUCUCAUUCACGGUGAAAGCUGCCUCAAAAUACGUGGAUGUCCCUAAACCGGGGAUGGACGUUGCAGACGGAUACGUGACCUUUGUGCGACACUCUCAGGACAUACUGCGAGAAAAGGUCAAUGAGGAGGUGUAUAUAGAGAGGUUAUUUGAUCAAUGGUACACCGCCACCAUGAACCUGCUGGGAACUUGGCUGACUGACCGUAUGGACCAGCAGCUCCAUGUCUACCAGCUCAAAAUCCUCAUUAGGAUUGUAAAGAAAAAAUAUCGCGACUUCAGGCUGCAAGGUGUUCUCGACUCAACGCUCAACAGUAAAAUGUAUGACACGGUGCGGAACCGCCUCACCCUGGAGGAGGCCACUGCCUCGGUCAGGGAGGGAGGAAUGCAGGGAAUCUCCAUGAAAGAUAGUGAUGAAGAAGAUGAAGAAGAUGAUUAG